AGCACAGGUGCUUCAUCUCCAGCACUCCUAUCCUCUCUGCUGGAUAGGAUGAGACGAUGGCUCGCAGGAGAGAUGAUGAUGGUGAUGAUGACGGACACAGGCUGAUAGAGGAGGAGGAGGAGGAGGAGGAUGCGCGUCCCAUCAUGGACAGUGAGGAUAAGGACGAUCUGUCCCUGGACGAGAUUUUACGUCUGUACAAGCAGCCCAUCAACGAGGAGCAGGCGUGGGCUGUGUGUUACCAGUGCUGUCGCUCUUUUCGGCAGGAUUCUGCUGGGACCGGAGGAGCAGGACAUGUCAGGAUUUAUAAAGACGGAUCGGUGCGCUUUCAUUCCGGAGACAGAUCAGGUGUGCGUAACCCCAGCCGAUCCUCCACACAGGCGAUCGAGUCUCUGGGCAUCAUGAUCUAUAAGGCUCUGGAUUACGGGCUGAAGGAGAACGAGGAGCGAGAGCUGAGUCCGCCGCUCGAGCAGCUCAUUGACCUCAUGACUAACGUGGCCGACGCAGAGAGCGACUCCUGCGCCGAUGAAGGCUACGAUGCCACUGAGGAAGACGAGGAUGACCGCGAGGGGGAUCCCGCCCACCCCUGCCGUAUCCGCGGCUACCGUGACAUCAUCAAGCUGUGCGUCCUUCACCUGCCCACGCCGGCAGACGCGCCCAAUCACUACCAGGCCGUGUGUCGAGCUCUGUACGCCGAGACCAAAGAGCUGCGCACCUUCCUGGAGAAGAUCCAGAGCGCCAAAGAGAAUCUGCGUAAGAUGGAGGGCGACACUGUUGACGAACCUGGCAGGGAGCUAAACGAGCUGCAGAAUGCUGAUUGGGCGUGGUUCUGGGUGCAGGUGAUGCGAGAUCUGAGGAACGGCGUGAAGCUGAAGAAGGUGCAGGAGCGGCAGUAUAACCCGCUGCCGAUCGAGUUCCAGCUCACGCCGUACGAGAUGCUCAUGGAUGACAUCCGCUCCAAGCGCUACAAGCUACGCAAGGUCAUGGUGAAUGGAGAUAUUCCUCCAAGGUUAAAGAAGAGCGCUCAUGAGGUUAUUCUGGAGUUUAUCAGGUCCAGACCCCCUCUCAAUCCCGUGGCAGCACGUAAACUCAAACCGCAGGCUCAACAUCCUCCCAGCCUGCAUGAGCGCAUUCUGGAGGGGAUCAAAUCAGAGAGGAAGCUGAGGCCUGUGUCGCCUGAUAUGAUCCGUAGAAGUCGAUUUGUCAUUCGGCCUCUUAGCAUGUCUCAGAGUUUUGAUUCAUCAGAUGUGUCCUCCUCGGAUGGGGCGAGGAAGGCCUCCAGCACGCUGUCGUUGUCCAAUGGCGUGUCGCUUCAGCAGAACGGCUCCGGCGGCUUUCAGAGGAAAAGGCUUCAAGCACCGACUCUGUCUGAACUGGACAGCUCUGAUUCAGACGAUGAGACUGUAGGUCAAAGGUCAGCCAGUUGCUCCAGCAUCUCUACAUCCAUGGUGGACGACACGUCGCCAGAAUCCGUCCUGGGCAAGAAAACUCCGCCCAUGUUCCUGCCCAUCUCGUCCACGCCGCAGCCGGAGAGACGUCAGCCUGCGCAGCGCCGGCACUCCAUCGAGAAGGAAACGCCCACCAGUGUGCACCACUUCCUGCCGCCCUCCAGACACAGCUCAAAAUCCUUAGAAGAGUUUUGUUUCCCGGUGGAGUGUCUGGCUCUGACGGUGGAGGAAGUGAUGCACAUUCGCCAGGUUUUGGUCAAAGCCGAACUGGAGAAGUUUCAGCAGUACAAAGACAUCUACAAUGCCAUGAAGAAGGGGAAGCUGUGCUUCUGCUGCCGAACGAAACGGUUUUCCUUCUUUACCUGGUCCUACACCUGUCAGUUUUGUAAAAGGCCUGUCUGUUCACAAUGCUGUAAGAAAAUGCGCCUGCCAUCAAAGCCUUAUGGCAGUCUCCCCAUUUACUCUCUGGGUCCCUCCACGUCGACUCUGAAACGGGAUGCAUCCAGCCACAAGCAAGAGAAGCCCAGUACAAGCCACCAUCGACCCAGCCUACAGCGCACAAUGUCCAGAUUAUCAAAGCACACGCGCCAGUCGUCCUCGUCUCAGGAGGAAACCGAGCUCCCGAAAGAGCUGAUGGAAGACUGGAACACCAUGGAGGUCUGCGUCGACUGCAAGAAGUUCAUCUCCGACAUCAUCGCCUCCAGCAAGCACAGCCUGUCUCUGGCCAACAAGAGAGCGCACUUGAAACGCAAGACUCAGUCCUUCAGCAUGGCGUCGGAGACGAGCGCAGAAUACCGGCCUUCGGAGCGAACUAUCAAUGAGGUUUAGACGCCGAUGGGUCUGGAUCCGGAGCAGAUGCUGUUGUAGUUGUUUAGAUUAGGACGGGUCAGUCAACCGUGAUAUACAGGGCCAAUAAACUCUUAUAGAUGUGUAGCAGUGCUUCCACACACACACAACAUGGGUUGUUUUCUAUUCUGUGCUGUAAAGAUGUGUUUACAUAUUUUUGUGUUUACUUAUUAAUUUGUUCUUUCAUUUUGUAAAAUUGUAGCCACUUACUAAUUUGUUCCCUCUUUUUAAAUUAAACCUGAGGAACAAAUGAAUAGCUACUAUUUACUGAAACAAGAGAAUGAAUUGAAUGAAUUCAGCGAUGGGUUGAUUGAAAUGAUAAAACGAAUUA